CCCUACUUCUUAUACUCACCUUAGGUGCCCAUUAGGUAUACGCUAGGUAACCUCAAGUUUGAUCCUACCUAUCCUAGGUAAAACGAUAAUAUCGGAGCAGAGUGGGAUUAGGUACCUAGGUUAGGUUAGGUUAGGUACUUCGGUACCUACCUACCCACCAAGAUUUUGCUCUGAUAGCUUACAAUUAAUUAUUUAUCAGUUUCUGAGCUCCGAUUCACGAUAUCGAACCACCCCCGGCAUAAAAUCAAUUGACGAGUUUUCCGAACGCGAACAGUACAAUCAAUACCGUUACUGUCGCCAAUUGAGCUCCUACAAACACAGCCGAUAUGCCUUAGGUAUGCAUUCCCUGUUGUCGAGGGCUGUACAGGCGCAGUCUUCGUGUCGGUGUCGACUCUGCCUCCAUUCUAGUCAUUCGGUUGUACGGCGUACCACGAACAUAGCGUCGAGGCGAAAGGUAACCGUUGCCGAUAUAUUCACUGCCUGUUAUACAACUAUACUUGGCACUGCGACUGUCAUUGAUGCCCGGAGGAAGGAGCUGAGGAAGCAGGAACUCGACGAGAAGCUGGAGAAGGCCAGGGCCGCAUUGGGUAGCUCCGGCGUCCAAAACUCGUCAAGCCAACAAGGUGGAGGGGUUGACAGCCCCGAUUCCAGCUUUUUAAAUACUUCCACUUCCCACACUUGCAGUGACGGAUCGAGAAGGAGAGGUCAUAUUGGUACCAAUGGCCUACUGCAAGAGUUAGGAGUUUUAUACGAAAUUACUCGACGGCCAUUGUCCCGUCCGUCGUGGAUGCAAACUCAAUUAGAAUGGGCGCACGUCGAAUCCGCUAUCGUCGCGGAGGAACUAGACCCUGGGAAUGUUCUUAGAGAACCAAAAUCCGAUCACCAACUCCGAAGAACGACAGCGACAGUUGUAGAGUUGGUAAAUCAGCUCAUCGAGCGAAGUCGGACUUACAAGUGCACCCCGAGUCAAGAUGCAGAAUCCAAUGGUUCGGAUGAUGCUGUUUAUGAACAGCUGAAGAAUAUACUAGAGACAUUUCAUUAUCCAAGUUAUAAUCAGCCUAGAGAGGACCCCAAUUAUGCGGCUAGGACUCGAUUUCUCCUUGGGGAGUCAAUACGGCGUAUCUUCAAUCACACCGUAGAUGUUAAGGAGGUCGUAACCAAGAUAUGCUUUAAUCUCUUAACAGUUGGUGUGCCUCCGAGUAUCCACACUUAUAACACCUUGAUUGCAGGCUUCAACCGGAUCCAACGCCCUGAUCUUGCGCAGGCGGUUAUCGAUUCAUAUAUUCACAGGACGACCUGGCCAGCUACCGAGCAAACCGCCGUAUGCCUGCUCGAUCACUACCGAGGGGUAAACCAGGAAGACGGUAUACGUGAUAUUAUCCAACGGAUGAGGGGCGUCAGAGGCGAUGGCCUACACUUCCGAAUUAUCGACAAGAAGGCAAUCUAUACGCGAGACUGGCUAGCGUGGGCUAUAGAGAACUGCGCUUCGCGGAAAUAUGCAUAUGUCGAACGAAUGCGGCGAACGGACACUGUAUUUACUAGCAUUAUUAAAGGUUGGUUAUACUGCGGAGAACUCGGCAAUGCUAGUAUGGCCUUUGUGACGUGCAUCCGUUACGGAGGUACGAUUGCUAUUCAAACGAUUCAGGAACUCUUUACGGCAUGUCUAUCAACGGUCGAUUACUCUGCAGCACGGCGGUUGGCGGGAGGAUUGGCCAAGAACAUACGUAGCUUUGCGACUUGGAUUGAUUAUAUCAUUCGUCAAGAGUCGAUAGAUACUUCGCGUCGACUUGUAAUGUGCCUCUCAAAUCUGGUCGACCUCUGUCGGCUUCCCUUCAGUUUCACGCCCGUCGCUAGAUCCUACGAUCAGGCUUUGCAGGAGCUCAAUUCUCUAAUCAAAGUUACUCGGAUUGGGCUAGAAGUGGAAGCGGCGGCAAAUUUAUAUGCGGCCAUGUUGGCAGAAAUUACUUCGAGUGGUCCAUUAGUUAGCCGGCUCGAUAAAGCUCUUGCUACGCUCGAGUUAGCUCAGGAGAGCAGGCAAAAAGCGGCAAGGUCGCUCGCUCAUUUCGGCAGGCUGGCAGAACUUGUUUCUAUUGAAAGGAGGUUCCGCGAUCUCGAGACAAGGAUCAAGAACACGACGGCUUUAGCAAAGGCUACUAUUCUUAAAAUUAAGACGGGAUAUGAGCUUGACCCUUCUGCAAUCCUCACUUCUAAGCAGGAAUCUUCAAUUUGGUAUCAACGGGAGUAUUUCCUUUGGUAUCAGCGGGUCCGUCAUGAUUCACUUGUCAAUGCCCUGCAAAACAUUCAAAUCAGCCUGGGUCCAAUGACAAAAGAUGAUAUAAGGUCACAGCUUCUUCGACGGCUGCCUGAUCCUAUAUUAUCGAGAAGAUUAGGGGACUCUGGCCAUCCAGAGAAUCUGGCUAUAAGGGCAUUGACAAGUUUUUAUGCAUCGGGCAUGACACAUACCAAUGAGCUUGAAGUCGGCUUUUCUAGCGCGCCCAUAGGCCAACUAGAGCGAGAGCUUACCAACAUCGAAAACACGAUCAGAGCUAUAUUGUUUGCUCAUCUUAGUGGUGAUACCCAGAGGAAGCUUAGGUUCCAGUAUCCAAAUUUUUACAAAAUGCCCUUCAAGAAACUUUAUAAAUACCAACUGCGGAGGACCAUCUUUAAGGAAGUCAUACAGCGAACUGGCGAGAAACUACUAGGGAUAUCAGGAGGUCUUGUCCAAGUUAAAAAGAAUUUUUCUGGUCUUGCUGCGGCGCACCCAGACAGUAAAGGGGGUAUGCCUUUAGAUGACCUAAAUGCUGGGCUGGGCGCAGCGGGUUCGUCUGGGUUGCGUGACGCCACUCUUCCCUUAUCCGCGUUAGGAUGAGGGGUGAGAAUGAGAUAUGUCCUGCAAAGCGGAGGGGAGGGUCUUAAUCGGAUCCCGGGGAAGCUUGGCACAGAAUCAAGGGAGUCUUGAGCCAAACCU